AUGAGUGACAAUUAUAAUCGUGACGUAUGGUACGGUGUUGAUCCUGUCCUAUCGCAAUUUCAUUCUCAACUGACUGACGUCCUCCCUCGUAGUUACAAUGGUUGGACUUACUGGAACUGUAAUUCGGCGUGGACUAGAUGGGGCCGCUGGGUAGCCUUUGGUGUGAUCGUGGGAGCAGCUCUGCUUUUCUUUCUACUGUUUGCCUUCUUUAAUGCCCGACGUCGCCGUGCCCGCGGUAGACAGCCCUUUUACGGCACUCAAUGGAUGGCACCUCCCCCCUACCGACGAAACGAAUGGCAACAGCCUCCGCCUCAAUACCAACAGCAAGAUCAGACUCAGGCAUAUGACCGCCCUCCACCGCAUCCUCCGGCCGCCGCCGGUUAUUACGGCGGACAAGAGAGUGGAAUUGAGUUGCAGCAACCGCAGAGUGCCUAUUACGGGGGAGAUACAGUCUACGGGCCUCCUGCUGGUCCUCCUCCGGCAAAGAAAUAG